CUACAGUAUCUAGGUUAUGUCAUAUAGGAGUUCUGGAAUUUUAAUCACAACAAAUAUUUCAAACGCCUCACUUUAUCUCGUCACAUGUCUACUAAAGAAUUAGAAAACUCAGAUUUACUGUGUUUAAUAAUAUUCAAUGUAGAAAGACAUAUUUUCUGCUUUGAAGAAAAAUCAUGAACUUAGGUUAUAGAAUUAUAAGAUGUAUUCAGAAAAUAAGACCAGUUCUUCAAAAAAAUUCUUUCGCUACAACAGGAACGGUUUCUGAUACGAAAACAUUACAUUACUACUUUUUGGAUCUCUUUAAAAGAAAUGAUUUUAUCCCAAUGUAUUUGAAGAAACAGAAAUUGAAUGUGGAUAUGAAAAAUUCCAUGCAAUUUGCACAGAGAAUUCUUGCAACCAAUGAUAUAUCCAGUCUAUUGCGUGCUAUUGAAUCUGCUAAGGAUGAAAAACAGAUAAUCUUACACAGAAUUGAUAUAGAAUGUUGUGAUAUUAUACAAAAAUUAUCAUAUACUGAAAUUUUGCAAUUGCUUAAUGCUCUUGCAAGGAAAUUUCCCCAUCGAGUGACUUUAACACAAUUCUAUAAGAAGAGUAUAGAAAUUUUAAUGAGUGCUGCAAUGAAACAAACAUUAUCUCAUCUACAAACAAUAGAAUUAUUGUUUUAUUUAUCAAUGAAUAAAAAAAAUAGUUCUUCUGAAGUUCAGUAUAUAACAAGUGGUUUACCGAACAUGAUAAACAUGUCCUUAAUAGAUAAAAGUAUUAUAGCAUAUGCUGCUUUCAAAACAUAUGUCAAAUUGAAUGCUACUCAAAUACGUGUUUUAGAGAAGACUCUUGAAGAGAAUGCAAGUUUUUUUGUAAAUGAUCCUGCCUUACUAGUUACACUAUGCAAAGCGAUUCGCCAUGCUGGUGUUACUAAGGAAUUAUCUUUAAACAAUUUAAGUGGAACAAUUCUUCAACAUCAGGAGAAAUUCAGAAUGAAGUGUGCAGCACACGUUCUGGCUUUAUAUGCUGAAGCAUAUACUUCCUUUCAGCCUGUGUUACAGAGAAUGUUUAAAGACUCAAUGGAAGAAUUAUCUGAGAAUAUUAUGCAUCGUUCUAAAGAUUCAAUCAGAAUUAAAGAUUUGGACAGAUUGCUUUGGGCUGGUAGCAGAUUAAACUAUCAGUUAGAAAAAAAGGAAUUUUCUCAGAUACAAAUAUUUAUUCAGAAUAAUUUUUCCAAGUAUUUGAAGAAUGUUAAUCUUCUGGUUAAUACUUUAUUGUGUCUCAAGAUAAUGGAGCAUGAUUGUAAAAAGAUAAUUGAAAAAUGUCUUGAACAAAACAUUUUCCCUUCCAUAUAUAAAGGACUUCUAUGGAAACCAAUGGCUCGUUUACAGUUACUAAUAACAAGUAUUCAAAUUGAAAAUCCAGAAAUUGAUAUACCAAUAGAAUUAACAAAAGAAUUCAAAGUUGGAUUUAAAGUAGGAGAAAAUAUCAAAAUGAUAUUUAAAGUUAUAAGAACAUUGAAAGAACUCACUUGUUUGGAUCAAAUUAGAAUUGAAUGUCCCGUUUUAGGAUUAUAUAUUCCUGGUAUUAGCGUGGAACACCAGCAUUUAGGGAAAAUUCAUAUUGACAUUCUGGAUGAAAUUACUUGUUUAAGAAAUACUAGAAUACCUCAUGGACUAAUGCAUUUUAAGCUUCGCUUAUUAAAGAAACUUGGCUACUAUUCCAUACUGAUUGACAACGAUCGGCUUAAUAAUAAUGAGUCGAUUUAUGAAAUCAUCGAGCAGUACCUGACUGACUCUCUAGGAAGAUAUGACAAUGACUAGUAAAGGUAUAAUAGUACAAUAAUUCAUAAAAAAUUGAUUCAAUGAAGAUAACUGAUGAAGUUAUUUGAUAAUUGGGAAUAGUAUCUCAUUUUAUUGUAACAUCUUUUAUUAUACAUAUGUCUUUUAAAGACAUAAUCUCUUAACAGUCGUGUAAAUAAUUGUAAACGUUAGAGAUAGAGUUUGCGCUGUAUAAACAUUUCUUAAUAUUUUUAAAUAUAAAGAGAUCCAUCAGCAGGUCCUAAAUACCUCAAUGAAA